AUCAAUUUCAGUUGAAUGUAAUCUGCUUUGAUCCGAAUCUUAUUCUCACUUCACAAUUUAGAGUGAAGCAAAUGAUGGAAAUUUUUUAGCAAUCCAUUGUUCUAUUCAGUGAUAUUCUGAACAUCGUUUUAUAAACAAACAAACGAAAAGCAAAAGCAAUGAAAAAAAAAACAAAACGGAAUGCUUAAUCUGAGUACGCCAAAAGUGAUUUAUUUAUUCCAUCGAUGUAAAUUUUUUCAGUUUAAUGCUCUUCAACGCACACAAACCGAUGAGUUUAAGCAAAUGUUAUCAGAAUUAUCGCAUGUAUUUGUUGUUUGUCUGGUUUAUCGUACGAGCGAUAAUCAGGUUUUAUUCCAUUGCUUCGAGUCAUAAUGUGUUAUCAGCGUUAACUCGUAACUCGUUAUGAAAGUGACAAGAUAAUUUUGGUUUUAGAAAUAUAAAUAUCACGAAGUUUUCAUUUUUAGUCGUUUGUUGUCAGCACUAUAAAAGGCACAUACAAAGUUCACGCAAUAUCUUUCAACUAAAAGUUUUUUUUUCAAUCAAUAUGGCAAAAUUCCACUUCAAAGGCUUAAUGUGUCCAACAUUUACAGCGUUCGACAAAGACAAACAGGUUGAUUAUGCGGUCAUCGAUAAGUAUUGUUGCUAUCUGAAAACGAAAGGUGUAAACGGUGUUUUGGUAAAUGGUACAACUGGCGAAGGCACUUGUUUGCGAUUAGAUGAACGUAAACGUUUGGCUGAAGAAUGGUUGGUGGCUUGCCGAAAAUAUGGCGUAACAAUGAUGAUUCAAAUUGGAGGCUGCGAUGUUCUCAGUGUUUUCGAAUUGGCACAGCACGCGGAAAAAAUUGGCGUUGACUGUGUCUUGACUUUGCCGGAUCUAUUUUUCAAACCGAAAAUUGAAGAAGAUCUAGUCAAAUACAUCAAAAGCAUCGCACAACAUUGUCCAACCCGACCACUCUACUAUUAUCACAUUCCGAGUAUGUCUGGAGUUGAUCUAAAUAUGCCACGAUUUUACGAUUUGAUUGAGAAAGAGGUGCCAACUUUCCAUGGUUUAAAAUAUACGAAUGGUAAUAUGGAGCUCGGAAUUCAAUUGAUUAAAGAAGGUCGUAACAUUAUGUUGGGCGCUGACACAAUAUUGUGGGGAGCAUUGCAUCUUGGUUUCGAUGCAGCCAUUUUAACAACACUCAACAUUUGCCCAGAUACAAUUCGCGAAAUUUAUGAACAUUAUCUUAACAACAAUCAGAAGGAGGGACUCCAAGUACAACGCAAACUAAAUCAAUAUAUCAUAGAUAUUCUUUCAAAAGAUACCGGCGAAUGGGUUGAAAACAUGAAAAAUGAAUUCAAUCGCGUUAACGCAUCGCUUAAAGUUGGACCAGUUCGCAAGCCAACCAUUAUGUGCAGACGUUUAUAAGCGUUAAAUAUGGAUUUGUUUGGUUAAUUGAACUGAAAACUGUUUUUUUUUUAUUUCUUAACAAAGGUGCAAGGAACAUUUGGUAAAAAUAAUAGAAUAGUUUUGAGCAGGCAAAAUUGUCGUAUAUGUUACCAAUUGCAUCAUUUCACAUGGUUUUUUUUCUUCUUUUUUACAUUAUUAUAUUCAUUUUUGUAUGAAACAAUUCAAAUAAAAUCAAAUACUUAUUCCCUAUAAAA